GUAGCGCAACGUUUGCAGAAACCUCCUUUUCAGUUUACUGUGGUAUGGCAUUGGGCAUAAUGGAGACCAAACCAGUGAUAACCUUUCUCAAAACCCUCCUCAUCGUUUACUCCUUCGUAUUUUGGAUCACAGGAGCGAUCCUCUUGGCAGUGGGAGUAUGGGGGAAGUUUAUGCUGGGCCCUUAUAUCUCUCUGAUAGCUGAGAACACCACCAAUGCUCCAUACGUCCUCAUCGGCACUGGGACUGUCAUCAUCGUCUUCGGCCUGUUCGGAUGCUUCGCCACCUGCAGGGGGAGCCCAUGGAUGCUCAAACUGUAUGCAAUGUUCUUGUCCCUGGUGUUCCUAGCUGAGUUGGUGGCUGGGAUCUCUGGCUUUGUUUUUCGUCAUGAGAUAAAGGGAACCUUCUUGAGGACGUAUACUGACGCGGUGUUGAACUAUGAUGCUGAGGAUGAAAAGAGCCUGGUUGUGGACAACGUCCAAAGCAGCCUGCAUUGCUGUGGGGUGUACAACUACACCAGCUGGUUGGGCAGUGUGUACUACCCUGCUAACGGCUUUCCCCUGAGCUGCUGCUCCAACUCCUCUGACUGCAGCCCACAGGACCUCCGCAACACCACCAUAAACCACACCAAGAUCAACCAGCAGGGCUGUUAUGAACUGGUCACCUCCUUCCUCGAGAUCAACAUGGCCAUCAUUGCAGGAGUGACUUUUGGCAUCGCCUUCUCACAGUUGAUUGGCAUGUUGCUGGCAUGUUGUCUGUCCAGGAUCAUUACAGCUAAUCAGUAUGAGAUGGUGUAGCUGGGAGAGCAGGGAGAUGAAGAGGAGAGGGCGAACAACAUCUUGGUAGACUGGGACAGAAGAUCCCCACAACACUAGCACAUUGCAUCACUAAAACUCUCUCUCCCUCUCUCCCCUCUCCCUCUCUCCCCCCUCUCACUCCCUCUCUCUCUCUCUCAUUAUUGAAACUUAUUGUAAAUAAGCACCAUUCCUUAAUGCUACUGUGCCAUGAGCUUCUCUCAGUACCUUAAACUCCUUCACUGAAUGACUGCUGGUAAAAGUUGCAAGUAAGCACUGAUCUAGGAUCAGCUUACCCUCCCCAACACAAGAUUGACCUUGGACCAGCAUCUAGGGGCAACGUCCUCCUACUCCAUAUGAGCUUAGCAGUCUCUGACACUGUGGAGAAGUUUCCCUGAGGCACAGGUCUAGGAUCAGCUCACCCCACCCUUGAUGCUAACUUUAACCAUUAGGAUAAUGAAUGAAUAUCUGACCCUGCAUUAGUGCUAAGGGGCAACUUCAUCCUUCUCCUUAGCAGUCUUUGACCCCUGUGUCUCCCUGUCCUCUCAUAGUUCCCCCUUGUGGUCUGGCAUGCUCCAUAUAGGCCCUAGCAUCUCCAAAGCGAUGCACAUAUUUGAAUAGACAUUACAUUAUUAACCCACAUAAAAAUAUAUACAGUAGCCGACAUACACUGUAUUGUCAUGAUGUUCAUGAUCACCGUAAAUACCUAAACUUCAGACAUUUAGAGAAGAUAUGUUGAUAUAACGUUGAGAGAGCAUUUAGAGCUAACUUUAGCCUUUCAUUUGCAUCUUUGCUUUUUCGCUGCUACAUGGAUGAUAUCUGACUAUUGUGUCCAUAUCUAUGACAUUAGAUAACAAUGAACUGUGCAAUUGAUUUGGCCUGUGGAUGUGUAAAUGUGGCUUACUCUGGCUGGUGGGAGGAGCUAUAGGAGGACUGGCUCAUUGUAAUGGCUGGAAUGGAGUCAAACGUGGUUUUCAUACGUUUGAUACCGUUCCAUUUAUUCCAUUCCUAUAGCUCCUUCCACUUACCUCCUCUGUCUUACGCGCUCCUAGAUUAUUUAUCAUUUAUUAUAUUAACACAUCAUGAUUUGUGUGUGCCGACUUUGGUCUGGAACACUGUGCUGUUUGGAUUUAUUUGUAUGUUCUUGUAAUAUUUGAAUGUUUAGUUUUGUCUGAUUCUGAUAAAUAGCAUUAUUUAUUGAUUUUAUUGAUGUUAUGUGUUUUUGUGCCACAUGUUGAGAUAUAUAGGCCUAUGUUUACUUUUUGCUUAAUUUAUGUAUUGUUGACAUUUCAUUUUUUGAAUGUCUGCCUUUCUGUGUGCACACUUAUGAUUGUGCAUGUUUGUGCACGUGUGUGUGAGUGAGAAAGAGUUGCGGUGGAAUCCCGACAUGAGUGUACAACCGGGAAUAGGGUAUCAUUUGAGAUACAGCCAAUGCUCAUAUAGAUGUAAGGCUCAGGUCAAUGAUAUGAUUUCAACGCUCCGACUGGGGCCUCUUAUGGUGUUGUGUAUGUAUGUAUGUCCAUGUCUUAGAGUCAUGACAGAGGCAGCUGGGACCUCUGUGCUAUAGACGGGUUCGCUGACAACGUCAUGAAAACAAUGCGUGUGCUUCAUUGGGGCAGAAGCUGUGUGUUGUUAUGGUUCUGGAUGGCCAGAUAGCUAGUAACACUGACAUGUGGGGAAUCGUAAGUCGCUCGUUUGCUCUUGUACUUGUCUUGUUUUGAGGUGUUUCGAUUUAUGCCACGUCACGUCUAUGCUAUUAUGGCAAAAAUUUGCGAGCUAACUUGCUAACCAACAACUGUAACAAUGCAUUUGAGUGCUCAUUGUGCAACUUUAUUUAUGUUUUCAGUAAACAUUGGAGACUAAAUAUAGUUGACCUGUCAACAAUCCAAGCCAACCCCGUAUGUUUUGCCCCGUUAGUUGUACAUGGUUCGGUUUUGUUGCUAAACAACCAACCCGUCUAUACAAGGGAUCUCAGCCCUGGUUCUGGGUCUCUUCCAUGUAUGCUGUUUUCACUAAUGACUCAGAUUUACAAUACUGGGUUAUUCAAAUCUCAACUAUUUUGCAUGAAAUUCUUUUAUAGAAGGGAUUACUGGUAUGUACAUAGAAAUUGCAUGGUAAAACGGUAAUUACACAAUAAUAACCUAUGGAUCAUUUAUUUGUUUCAUUGAUACUAAAUUGGAGCACCAUUCCAUAUACCAGGUAAACAACCGGUAGCUGAACCUUUAAAUAAAAUGCUACCAAGAA